AUGAUUUCAGAGCACAUCCGCCUGGACACGCAGCUCCUUAAUAUGCAUGGUGCCACUUCCAAAGCUGCGCUUCUCGCUGUGCAAGGGCACCUGCUGCCACCUCAGCUGGGAGCACCUGGCAGCGGCCGCGUGGGCUUCCCACCGCCCCCGCCGCGGGAGGCCUCGCCUCGACGGGGUCAUGCCUUGCCACCCCAGCUGAGCUCCGCUGGCAUUGGCUGGCCCGGUCGGAGCCCACCGGUCCCCCCUGGGCGGCCCUGCUCACCGCCGAGGCUCCCCUCCCCCGGUGGCUCGCCCACCCGGCGGCCCUCGCCCCCACCGCCGCCGCUGCCGCCGCGCGACCCGUCGCCCCGGCGGGGGCUUCGGUCGCCGGGGCGGCCGAGGGGGUGGCCGGAGGUGGAUCCCUUUGACAAGCGCCCGAUUGCGCCAGAGGUCCUCGCGCUCGAGCCGCCCAUGGCUGCGGAGCUGCGGCCGCCAAACCGCGAGCUGGGCCCGGCAAGCACGCUGGAGCUGCUGCGGCGGAUGCGGAAGGAAGAGUGCCUCUUCCUGGAGCUCAGUCCCAGCGAGCUUGAGGAACUGGCAGAAGUUUCCUCACCGCUCUCCUUCAAGCGGGGGGAGGUCUUGUUUUCCCGUGGUGAGCCUUGCACUUGGCUCGGCCUCCUUCUUGCUGGCCGUUGCGAUGCCUUGUUGCCCACUGCGGGUGGCACUGGUGGUGGUGGGAAAGGAGAGCAGCGGAUGGGAGAGCAUCGGCCAGGAGAAAUGUUGGGCCUGGCUCGAGUGGCCUUGUGGGAGAAGAGCCAUGCAAGGGCGUACACCUUGCGCGCGGUGGAUGAUGGCUGCAUUGCAGUGCUCAGCUACGACCAGCUGGAAGGCUUGCGACGUGCCCGUCCCGCCUUCCACCAUUCGCUGCUGAAGGCCUUGCUCUUACAGCUGGCCGACGCCUGUGGCUGCUUCUUCCGCGGCUGUCCGGUCUCCAACCGGCCACAGUUCAGCUUGGCGCCGAUGAACGAGCCACAGAUCCUGGAUUUUCUUUUGCGGCUGCGGGAAGAAGGGACGUUGCUGCCCAAUGCUGACUACAAUUGCCUCUUGAGCUUGGCGUGUCGGCUGCGUAUCGCCCAGUGGCCGGCCAGAAGCUCCGUCCUCUCCAAGGGAGAGCCCCUCAGUGGCGCCUUGAUCCUCUUGGACGGGAAGAUGACGGGCUUCCGGGAGGCCGCAGGUGCACCCAGCGUCUUCUUCGCGCCCGGUGAUUGCGUCGGCUUGGAGUUCCUCUUGGGUGGCGUUCAAGCAUGCCCUUUGGACGUCUUUGCCGCGCGCGCCUGUCUGGCGGCGGUGCUGCGGCGUGACGACCUGGAGGACCUUCGCAGGGAGAACCCUUCGAUGGCCACACAGAUCCUCCAGGCGUUUCACGCGAAGCUCUUCGGCGAGCUGUGUGGGCAGCAGCCGCCAGCGCUGCUGGUGAUGGCCGAGGCCACGGAGAGGCUGCGCUUCGCCAGCACGCAGCGCCCGGCCUUUCCGGCGCCGCUGCGCUUCCCGGGGCAUCUGCCGCCGGACGAGGCGAAGCACGCCUUGACGCCCGGCGAGUGCGAGGGAGGGGCGGCGUUGAAGGGGGGGCUUGCUGUCGAAGAAGGAAAAGUAGGGGGAAAGAGAUUGCGAGAUUUGGUUGGUUGGUUGGUUCGUUGGUUGCUUGCUUGCUUCCUUGGUUGCUUGGUUGGUUGCUUGCUUGCUUGCUUGGUUGGUUGGUUGGUUGUUUAUACUUCUGUAGUCCAGUAUUUGGUCCUUUGUUUUGUGGGGGCGUGGACCUUGAGCAGGGUUGAAUUGCGAGCGGUUUUCGUGAAUCCUUGGAUUUGA